AUGGCGGAAAAAGGUUCCUUGGAGGAUUUCUUGGCUAAGGCGAUCGAAGCUGCCAAGUCUGCUGGGCAGAUUAUUCGUUCUGGAUUUUACGAGACAAAGAGGGUGGAGCACAAAGGCCUGGUGGAUUUGGUGACGGAGACUGAUAAGAAAUGUGAAGAACUCAUAUUUGAUUUUCUCAAAAAACAGUACCCUGACCACAAGUUCAUUGGUGAAGAAACCACUGCUGCUUGUGGGCCAACUGAGUUGACUGAUGAACCGACUUGGAUCGUUGAUCCUGUGGAUGGCACGACUAAUUUCGUUCACGGGUAUCCUUUUGUAUGUGUAUCCAUUGGACUCACGAUCGAACGAGUCCCUAUUGUUGGUGUUGUUUACAAUCCAAUUAUGGAUGAGCUUUAUACUGCAAUUCGUGGGAAGGGAGCUUUUCUCAACGGAAAACCCAUCAAAACAUCUUCCCAAACCGAGCUUGUGAAGUGCCUUCUUGCUGCAGAGGUGGGCGCAGACCGUGACAAGCUUACAGUGAAUAAUGGUACUGAUAGGAUCAACCGCAUGCUCUUCAAGGUGAGGUCUCUACGCAUUGCUGGCUCUUGUGCUUUAGAUCUUUGUGGGAUUGCGUGCGGAAGGAUUGAUUUGUUUUACGAAACUGGAAUUGGAGGCCCUUGGGAUGUUGCUGCAGGUGUAGUUAUCGUGCAUGAAGCCGGAGGACUUGUAUUUGAUCCCUCGGGUAAGGAUUUCGACAUCACGUCCCGUAGAGUGGCGGCCUCAAAUCCGCUUGUGAAGGAUGCAUUUGUCGAGGCUCUCCAAUGUCCGAAAUGA